UGAGUUUCCUUAAAAGUAAUAAAUUAAAAGUGAAUCAAAUUGGUUGUAUUUUUCUUGUAAAUGUAUUAUCAGACAUAUUUUCUCAAAUUAACCAGCGAGAUAAUUAACAUAAUUUUGUGUUACAUUAUGUCCAAAGCAGAUGUUUUUCACCUUUAUUUGAAUGAGCUGGUGUCGUAUCCUGCUUAUAUUCUUCACCAAAGCACUAAAAGGAGAACACCAAAAAAAGAACAUGAGAUUCUGUCCAUAAAGAAAAGCAAGAUUUGAAAAAUCAGGAAAAACAGACAGAGAAUGUGAAUCAACGCUGCACACAAACUCAUCAAUCAAAAAAAGCUGAAUUCAAGUGGAGUCCAGACUUCGAGAUUUGUCAAUGUCGAUCCAAGACCUAAUAAUUCACUGAAAUGCUGCAAUUUCCUCAUAAUUUUCAACCUUUUUCUACUUCCCGACCUUCAUGGGUUUAAUUCUUCAAUUUGUUUUACUAUUUCUCACCUGUUCAAUCCCUUCUCUUCUCUGUCAAGUUACAGAAUUUGUAAGUAUCGACUGUGGAGGAACAAGCAAUCACACCGACCCUAAAACAGGUCUAGCAUGGGUUUCGGAUUCUGGAAUCGUUCACCAUGGAACAUCAGUCGAGAUCGAAAACCCAAACGACAACGCAAUUCAGUAUCAAAGGCGCAGGGAUUUCCCCAUAGACAACAAGAAGUAUUGCUAUACUCUAAAUACCACAGAAAGAAGACGAUACGUAGUUCGUACCACCUUUUUGUACGGCAGUUCAGAGAGCGAAAACACAUACCCUAAAUUUCAGCUCUAUCUCGAUGCAACCAGAUGGGCAACUGUUAGCGUAUUGGAUGCAUCGACUGUUUACGUCAAAGAGAUGAUCAUCAGAGCACCUUCGAGUUCAAUCGACGUAUGUUUAUGCUGUGCGACGACGGGUGCUCCUUUUCUAUCCACACUCGAGCUCCGGCCGUUGAAUCUCUCGAUGUACGCUACUGAUUAUGAAGAUAAUUUCUUCUUAAAAGUCGCAGCUAGGGUUAACUUCGGUGCUUCAAGCACGGAAGCCGUAAGGUAUCCAGAUGAUCCGUAUGAUCGAAUAUGGGAUUCGGAUCUUGCAAAACGGCAGAAUUUUCUGGUGGGGGUGGCGCCUGGAACUGUGAGGAUUAACACAACGAAGGAGAUAAACACAAACACGAGAGAAUAUCCACCGGUGAAAGUGAUGCAAACAGCGGUUGUGGGGACUCAAGGGACUCUUAGUUACAGAUUGAACUUGGAAGAUUUCCCUGCAAAUGCUCGAGCUUAUGCUUAUUUUGCAGAAAUUGAAGACUUGCCGGAAAAUGAAACUAGAAAGUUCACAAUGAAGGAGCCUUAUGUUCCUGAUUACAGUAAUGCGGUGGUGAAUAUUGAAGAAAAUGCUAAUGGAAGCUACACGUUAUAUGAACCUAGUUAUAUGAACGUUUCAUUGUCUUUUGUGUUUUCGUUUUCUUUUAAGAAAACACUAGAUUCUUCUCAAGGACCACUCUUGAAUGCUGUUGAAAUCAGUAAAUAUGUACCCAUUGCAUCAAAAACCGAUAGAAAAGAUUUGAAUGUUCUUGGUGCGUUUAGUUCGAUGCUUGAAACUGGAGAUAUGAUUGAAGAAGGUGAUCCAUGUGUCCCUGUUCAGUGGGCAUGGGUGAGUUGCAGCUCGAAUGUUCCUCCCCGAAUCACCAAAAUCGUUUUGCCAGGUUCGAAUCUGGAAGGUGAAAUUCCGGGUGGGAUUAAAGACUUACAAGAGUUGACAGAGUUGUGGUUAAAUGGGAAUUCACUCAAUGGGACAAUCCCGGAUAUGAGUAACCUUGAGCAAUUGAAAAUUAUACAUUUAGAGAACAACAGGCUGAGCGGUUUGUUACCAUCUUAUUUUGGUAGUUUGCCAAACCUACAAGAAUUGUAUAUUCAGAACAACUCUUUGACAGGGGACAUCCCUCCGGCAUUAUUAACAGGAAAAAUAAUCUUUGUCUAUGAAGGUAAUCAUGGCCUCCACAGAAAUACGAAGCACAAAUCUCAUUACAAAUUGAUAUUAGGAAUUUCGGUCGGAAUUCUUGCGGUUCUAUUUAUUCUGUUUCUAGGAAGCUUAUUACUACUGCGACAUUUUCGGACAAAAACACCGAGUCAAAGAAGUGACGAUAAAGCCACUACUCCAGGGGCAUUUUCGUCACGCAAGAGCACCAUAGGAUUAAUGGCCUACUCGACUCGAGCUGGAAGUUUAAUGGAUGAAGGAGUAUCGUAUUAUUUUUCACUUGCUGAAAUAGAAGCAGCUACAAAUGGAUUCUCGAAGAAGAUUGGUAAAGGAAGUUUCGGGCCUGUAUAUUAUGGAAAAAUGAAAGACGGAAAGGAGGUGGCUGUUAAAAUGAUGGCGGAUUCAUCUAGCCAUGGAACCCAACAGUUCGUUACAGAGGUUGCUCUUUUGUCAAGAAUUCAUCAUAGAAAUCUCGUACCAUUAAUAGGAUACUGUGAAGAAGAACACCAUCGCAUGCUUGUUUAUGAGUACAUGCACAACGGAACUUUGCGAGAUCACAUACACGAUCGAGUCAACAAGAAGCAUUUGGACUGGCGAGCUCGUCUCCGGAUUGCAGAAGAUUCCGCUAAAGGUCUUGAGUAUUUGCACACCGGAUGCAACCCUAGCAUCAUUCACAGGGACAUAAAAACCAGCAAUAUUCUUCUGGAUAUCAAUAUGAGGGCUAAAGUAUCGGAUUUUGGACUUUCAAGACAAACCGAAGAAGAUUUGACACACGUAUCGAGCGUAGCAAGAGGAACAGUCGGCUACCUUGACCCCGAGUACUACGCUAACCAACAGUUAACAGAGAAAAGCGACGUCUACAGUUUCGGAGUCGUUCUGUUAGAACUUAUCUCCGGGCGGAAGCCUGUGUCGCCGGAAGAGUACGGGGCCGAUUGGAGCAUUGUUCACUGGGCGAGGUCGUUGAUUCGAAAAGGAGAUGUGGCGAGUAUAAUCGAUCCUACGAUAACACGGGAUGUGAAGAUUGAAUCGAUAUGGCGAAUUGCAGAAGUUGCGAUUCAGUGUGUGGAUCAACACGGAUCUAAUAGACCUCGGAUGCAAGAAAUCAUCUUGGCGAUACAAGAUGCAAUCACGAUUGAAAAGGGGAACGACGGGAAGAUAAUAACGUCGGGAAGUUCGCGAGCACAAUCUUCACGGAAAACUUUAUUAACGACUUUCCUUGAUAUCGAGAGCCCAGAUCUUUCCAACGACUGCCUGGUUCCUUCUGCUAGAUAA